AAUCAGCGAGGGCUAAAAAUAUUCAUGAAGCGUGAAUUGAUGAAAAAAUUUAACCGUAUGGGAAAAAUUAAUUGGCUUGAAAUGUGAGAAAAAAUACGAAGAAAAGAAUUAUUAGAAGAAACAAUAAACCAAAAUAAAAAAGGAUGUCGGAUUUCUCGGAUGCUAAUAACAAUACAAAAGAACUUUGCGGGCUUCAGCAUCACAACUUUAGUAUUCCUGAUGGAGAAAUUUGGUGCAAUUGGGUUUGGGAUUCAAUUCUUUGUUGGCCUCCAAUAAAAGCUUCGUCCACUGUUACACAAAGAUGCCCAUUAGCCAACGGAAUCGACACAACCAAAUUUGCAGAAAGACGCUGCAGUGAUGAUGGAAGAUGGUUGGGAAGAAAUGGAGAACGCUCAUUAAAUGGUUGGACUAACUAUACCCCAUGUUUUACACCGGAAAUGCUAAUACUAAUUCGUAAACUUUACACUGGUGAUGAACACGCAGCCAAGAUAAAAUUGGAUAUUGCUGAAAAGACUAGAACUCUUGAAUUCGUUGGAUUAACAACGUCUCUAGCAGCAUUGCUGAUAUCUUUGGCAAUCUUUUGGAGAUUUCGAUCGCUGCGAAACACAAGGACAAGAAUCCACAAAAAUCUUUUCGUAGCUAUGGUCAUACAAGUUAUCAUUAGAUUAACAUUGUACAUUGAUCAAGCAUUAAAAAAAUCAAAAGUCUAUGGAUCUAAUCAGGGAAUAAAUAAUGUUGCAAUUUUGUGCGAGGCAAGUUAUGUUCUCCUUGAAUAUGCAAGAACAGCCAUGUUUAUGUGGAUGUUCAUCGAAGGUUUCUUCCUUCAUAAUAUGGUAACAGUGACAGUCUUUCAAGAAACAAGUCAUUAUCGAGUGUAUCGAUUAGUUGGUUGGGGACUUCCAGUUGUGAUGACAUUAACAUGGGCUAUUGUAACUGCUGUUUACUAUCGUCCUUCAAAAUGCUGGUGGGGAUACAAUCUCACAUCAUACUUUUGGAUAUUAGAAGGCCCAAGAAUGGCAAUUAUAAUGCUUAACUUUUUAUUCUUAAUGAAUAUCGUUCGAGUAUUGGUAGUAAAGCUUCGACAAAGUCGCACAAGUGAAACCCAACAAGCUCGAAAAGCUGUAAGAGCUGCGGCCGUACUACUUCCGUUAUUAGGAAUAACAAAUUUAAUAUCAAUGGCUGCAGCACCACUUGAAACAACAAUUUGGUUUGCCAUUUGGUCUUACACGACACACUUUCUUACCUCAUUUCAAGGCCUCUUUGUAGCUACGUUGUACUGUUUUCUCAAUGGCGAGGUCAGGCUUGCAUUGAAGAAGACAAUGUCUGUAUAUAUGUCUCUUAGAGGAAGUAAUCGGUCUAAUCGUCGACUAUCAACAUUUAGUGCUUGUCACUCUCAACGAAUAGCUGCAGUAAUAGAUGUAGAUGAAGAUGAAUUAGGGUCGAGCAGAUGGAUAAGACUGUGCUGUUGCGGCAGAGAUACUUCACCUCCAGAUCAACAAGCCGAGACAACUGUUUGACCUAGGUGGUUUUGGCGUAAAAAACUCGCCAAAACGACGACUACUUAUUGAACGUAUUACCUC